ACCGUUCAGAACAAGAAUAAAAUUCUAUUUGCUCCACCGCUUAAAAAAAUCAAUUGCCUUUUCUUUUCUAAAUAUCAAUUACAAUCACAAGAGUUACCACCGCAAAUAUUUACACCGCUACAGUCCAUUCUCCACGGCCAACUCCCGCGAAUGUACAUGGUCCUCACGAGCCUCUAAGGAAUUGGAAAGUUUUUUAAAUUAUCCGGAUUACGUCCACCGCUUUACUCGAAGAUUUCCUGGAGAAGAAGUUCAUUAAGACAUGGAUAAAGGUAACGUUUCUAGCUUGCCCAAAUGCCGUAUCUGCCACGAGAGGCACUUUAUAAAAUCAUGCCUUACUUUCCAAAAUAUGAGCGUUACAAAACGUCGACAUGAGGCACGUCAAAAAGGUUUUUGCUUCAAUUGUCUGUGUACGGCUCAUACCCGCGAAUGGUGCCCAAGCCGUAAAACUUGCAUGGUAUGUCAUAAGGGUCAUCAUACCUUGCUACACAUCGAUGCUAAACCCAACAAUCAUUCCUCCUCCAAAUCGACCCCAAAAAACCGCUCAUCAUCACGAAGUUGCAGCCUUGAACCUCCAACCGCCAAAAACCAACAAAGUCGUCCAGCGAAACAACAAAACCGUCCAUCAGCCCACACAUCAAAACGAUCUACUUCAACAUCAACGCAACGCCGUCACUCCAACGUUAGUGACAGACUAAGUUCUCGAACCAAAUCGCAUGUGUUUUUACCCACAGUUCUUGCAAAGGUGAUUACUGUAGAAGGUUGCGACAAAGUCCGAUUGCUGAUGAACUCAGGAUCAACGCAAACUGCAAUUUCAACCAAAUUGGUGGAGCGACUUCAGUUACCACUUACACAGAGGGCUGGAAAGACUUUUACUGCCAUAAACUUGCAAUCUUUCCAUGACGAGUCCGUUAAAAUACACAUCACUGGCGAAGUCCAAAAUCCAUUGCACAUUAGCACCCCGGAAUCGACGAAAGAUAAAAAGCACCUAUCAAUAUACAACCACCUAACGGAUCUGGCAGAUCCACAUUUCUUUAACCCUAUCAAUAUAGAAAUCAUGAUAGCAAACGAUCAAAUUCCAAAAAUUCUAAGAGCCGGCCUAAUUCAAACCACAACCAACAUGCCAAUUGCCCAAAGUUCAGCCUUCGGUUGGAUCAUAUCCGGAAGCUGCCAAGUUUGA